ACCAACAUCAAAAAUGGCUGCUUCAUUACCUCACCCAAAGAUUGUUAAGAAAUACAGCAAGACUUUCAAGAGACACCACUCUGACAGAUACGCCAGAGUUUCUGAAAACUGGAGAAAGCAAAAGGGUAUCGACUCUUGUGUCAGAAGAAGAUUCAGAGGUACUAUCCCACAACCAAACAUUGGUUACGGUUCCAACAAGAGAACCAAGCACUUGACUCCAUCUGGCCACAAGGUCUUCCUCGUCAAGAACGUUAAGGACUUGGACGUUUUGUUAUUGCACACCAAGACCUACGCUGCUGAAAUCGCCCACAACAUCUCCGCUAAGAACAGAGUCGAAAUUGUCGCCAAGGCCAAGAAGAUUGGUGUCAAGGUUACCAACCCUAAGGGUAGAGUUGCUUUGGAAGCUUAAAUUAGUUAAACUGGUUAAUCAUUAUAUUCAUUUAUUGUCAUCUAACAUGUUUUAAUUAAUUAUGUGUUCUGGGUUCCUCUUCUUUUUUAAUAUAUAAAAAGUUGUAAAAUACAUAGUCUUCAGAAG